AUCACAGUCUGGUUGCACAGUGGAAGGUGGUUACUCCUUGACUUUGAUUCAGGGAUGGAUGGGAGGCAAAGCUCUUGGAUUGCAGCAAAGCUGGUGUGGCGUCCAGCACACGGCCAGAGUGCAGCAUCAUGCAGGAGAUCGAGGAGGAGCGGAGCCAGUGCUUGGCAGAGCUUAUUGGGGAUAACCAGACUGCAGGUUGCAGGAGGCAGUGGGACAACAUCACGUGCUGGCCUGAGGCAGAGGUGGGGGAAGUCGUGGUACGGUCGUGCCCAAAGUACUUCAGAUUCCUCACCUCUUUUCUUGGGAACGUGACCAGGAAUUGUACAAGCCAGGGCUGGUCGGAUGUGUACCCUGCUCCCUACACCGUAGCUUGUGGAUAUGAUUCCAACAGCACUCCAGGGGAAGAGCAAACGGCGUUCUAUGGCACGGUCAAGACCGGCUACACCAUCGGACACACCUUGUCCCUCAUUGCCCUCACAGCUGCUAUGAUCAUCCUGUGUCUCUUCAGAAAACUACACUGCACUCGAAAUUAUAUUCACAUGCAUCUCUUCAUGUCCUUCAUCAUGAGAGCCAUUGCAGUCUUCAUCAAAGAUGUCAUCCUGUUUGAAAGUGGAGAAUCCGAGCACUGCUUUGUGAGUUCAGUAGGCUGCAAAGCCAUGAUGGUUUUCUUCCAGUACUGUGUCAUGGCCAACUUCUUCUGGCUGCUGGUGGAGGGGCUGUACCUUCACACCCUGCUGGUCAUCUCCUUCUUUUCAGAGAGGAAGUACUUCUGGUGGUACAUCCUGAUCGGCUGGGGUGCCCCCUCCGUGUUCAUCACCGCUUGGACCAUUGUCAGGAUUUACUUUUUCGAUGUUGGGUGCUGGGAGGAAAUAGUGGAAUCCCCAUUCUGGUGGAUCAUUAAAACCCCUAUUUUGGUGUCUAUCUUGGUGAACUUCAUCCUCUUCAUCUGCAUCAUCCGCAUCUUGGUCCAGAAGUUGCAUUCCCCGGACGUUGGACACAAUGAAACCAGCCAAUAUUCGAGGCUGGCCAAGUCCACCUUGCUGCUGAUCCCUCUCUUUGGCAUUCACUACAUCAUGUUUGCUUUCUUCCCUGACAAUUUCAAGGCAGAAGUUAAGCUGGUCUUUGAGCUCGUGGUCGGGUCGUUCCAGGGAUUUGUGGUGGCUGUUCUGUACUGUUUUCUCAACGGAGAGGUCCAAGCUGAGCUCAAAAGGAAGUGGCGGAGGUGGCACCUGGAGAGGUUCCUGGGCUCGGACAUGAAGUACCACCACCCUUCCUUGGGCAGCAACGGCACCAACUUCAGCACCCAGAUCUCCAUGUUGACCAAGUGCUCGCCAAAGACUCGCCGGUGCUCCGGCUUCCAGGCCGAAUUCUCCCUGGUGUGAUGGGGAGGGGCUCUCCCAGCAGGGAGCAUCCAAAAGAGACACUGAGAGAGUGAGGGAUCCCCAGGAACCAGCGCUGACAAAUCCCUGUGACAUGACGUGCUCCACGUGAGCCAACAGAGGACACACAACUGGAAAAGCCACCGGCAUCCAGGACAGGACCGGACAGGCCGAGAGGCAGAGAAAUGCUUUUCCUCUCCCUCUUUUCAGACCUUUCACUCCUCAGUUUCAAGCCCUCGGGGGUUGAUAACUAUGAGUAAAGGUCCCAGUCGCUUGAGGAAAGCCUGGGGGAUGCUGUGUCAUAAAUGAUGAAGUACAGGGGAGGAAGGGAGGGGAGAGCCCGAGUCCUCGGGGGCUUUACCGGAACCGGCGUCUCUGAAACAGAUAAAUUGCACUUUUUUUAAAAAAGAAAUGAGCCAGUAAAGGAGAGAGGGAUGCAAGAAGCAGGAAAAAAAAAAUGCCAAACGUAUGAAUGUGCCAAAAUUCCUGUGGAUAAGAGGUGAUGAUAAGGCAUCAAAGAUGGAGUCGGGGACACGGGGAGAAGGGACAGGAGGAACAUGAGCAAGAAGGGAGAGGCCAGUGCAUGACCCCUGUGUUUUACACAGGUGAAGAUGAAGCUGCAGCACCAGGAAAGCCCCUCAGAGGAUGCCCCAGGGCUGCAGUGUGUGCUGCUAAUAACCCACUGUCCUCAUUAACAAAAGCUUUCCAGGCAUCCUGGUGCUCUCUGGAAAAGCAGGUCGCUGAGAAGGAACAGCAUGAGAAUUCCCUUCUCUGCACCGAGUUCAGGACGUGGUGUUUGUUUUGGUUGUGUUCAAUGACCAGGAAACUCGGUUUGCAUGCAUAAAAACCAGGUACAGAGGCCAAAAGCAGAGCAUGGCUGUGUUUUUCCUUCAAGUUCUCCCGUAGAUCUUGGUGCCUUAAUGCACCAGGGAUCAUGAGGGAUCAGGGGAAAAUAAUUGGGGUGUAAUUCAUUUGCACUUGCUUAGCACACACUGCCAGGAAAGGGAGAUGUAGAACCCUGUAAUCACUAAUUGAAGCAGACCUGCAGUGAGGAGCCACUCUCCAGAUGAAAAAAAAUUAGUGUCACAGCAGUGAGGAAAAUUGCUUUCAUCAGGACAAGGUACUCUCAGCACAGAACUGGCACUGCAGGAGUGAGGAAGGACUGAAGGGGCUAUUAAAUUGAUUUCUUCUUCAGCUUUUGUGGGAAGCUUUCAUCCUCUGAUGAAGGCAUUGUUAGAUCUUUGAGAUGUGUGUGUGCAUUUUGCCUCUUUUUUGAAGGCCUAUUAGUUUUCAUCUAGGGGCAAUCCCUAUUUGAGGAAUGCACAUGGAUCCCAUUAAAACCAAGGGAAUAGUCAU